AUGCAAGGCGCCUGGACACUAUUUUCGCUGCUAGCGAUAGCUGCCGCACUACCAAUAGAAGGCGGCAUCAAGACGGGCCAGGAUUUGAAGCCACGGGCAGCUGAAGUUGACACACCUGCCGGAGUGCAAAUCGUGAAGCGCACCGACAACAGCGAAAAGAAGAGAAGUGGCCUCGCCAAAUUCGCUUUCUACGAUGAACCUUUGUUCUAUCCGGGCGCAUAUCCAGAAGAGCAGAAGUGA